CAAGCGUACACAGAGGCAGGCAAGCAUGACUUCUUGUAUGUGGUCUUAAGGUUUCUGAGUAAAAAAUAUAUAUAUAUAUAUAUUAAUAAUUUCCAUGUUUCGUAACUAUUAUAUGCUAUCUUCUGCUAACUGUAAGUUUGUGUACCUCGUUUACACUGAGCCAUAAGUGCAGGAGUGUAACACCCCUGAUCUCUACAAGAAAAGGCAAACUUGGUGAACGUUAUGCCUCGACGCAAGAGGAAUGCAGGCAGUAGCUCUGACGGCACGGAAGACUCGGACUUCUCUGCGGAGCACACGGACAGUUCAGAGAGUGACAGCCAUGCGGUUAGGAGCACCCGCCUCACUCGCUCGUCCCUCCGCCUCAGCCAGACCUCGCAAGAUUCCAGCUCUGCGGGAGACCCGUCUUCUCUGGCCUCGGACGAGGCGACGGCCUUUUCAACACGGCGAGUGACCCGUAGUCACCACCAGGGGGAGCCAGUCACACCCAAGAAAUGCCCGGUACGGCAGAGUGGUUCGUCGGGGUCGGAGGCUGAGGAGCACGCGGAGAUCUCAGAGAGGGAUGUAAAACAUGCACCAGACCAGGAUGAGACUCCACCCAGGACACCCACGGGCAACGCCCCUUCCUCAGAGUCCGACAUUGACAUGUCCAGCCCCAACGUGUCUCACGAUGAGAGCUUGGCCAAAGAGCUGUCACUCAAGGAAUCCAGCCUUGCCCACCGGCCUAAACGCCGCCGUUUUCAUGAGAGUUACAAUUUUAACAUGAAGUGCCCGACUCCAGGCUGUAACUCGAUGGGACAUUUGACGGGGAAGCAUGAGAGACACUUUUCCAUAUCCGGCUGCCCGUUGUACCACAACCUCUCUGCCGAUGAGUGCAAGGUCAGAGCCAGCUCUCGGGACAAGCCUACUGAGGACAGGACACUGGCACACACCCAGGAUGAGAAUCGACAUUCCACGCGUCAUCAGGCCCCCACAGAGCGGCAGCUGCACUACAAAGAGAAGGUGACGGAGAUGAGAAGGAAGAGGAACUCUGCUCCUCUCAAAGAGCACAAAGACAAAUCCACAGAGCACAGGCAGGUCCACGGGACAAGUCGGGAGCCGUUGUUGGAGAACAUCACUAGUGAUUAUGACCUGGAGCUCUUCCGAAAAGCCCAGGCAUGUGCCUCGGACGAUCUUGAGAAGCUGCGUCUCCAGGGACAGGUGACUGAGGGCAGCAACAUGAUUAAGAGUAUCGUGUUUGGCCGCUAUGAGCUGGACACCUGGUACCACUCGCCCUACCCGGAGGAGUACGCCCGCCUGGGCCGUCUCUUUAUGUGCGAGUUCUGCCUCAAAUACAUGAAGAGUCAGACCAUUCUGAGACGACACAUGGCAAAAUGUGUGUGGAAGCACCCCCCCGGUGACGAGAUCUACAGAAAAGGUGCCAUCUCUGUUUUUGAAGUGGACGGCAAGAAGAACAAGAUCUACUGCCAGAAUCUGUGUCUGCUGGCUAAGCUCUUCCUGGACCACAAAACACUCUACUACGACGUGGAGCCCUUUCUCUUCUACGUGCUGACUGAGGCUGACAACACCGGCUGUCAUCUGGUGGGAUAUUUCUCCAAGGAGAAGAACUCGUUCUUGAACUACAACGUGUCCUGUAUUCUGACCAUGCCACAGUACAUGCGUCAGGGCUACGGCAAAAUGCUGAUUGACUUCAGCUACCUGCUGUCUAAAGUGGAGGAGAAGGUGGGCUCACCUGAGAGACCCCUGUCCGACCUGGGCCUAAUCAGCUAUCGGAGCUACUGGAAGGAGGUGUUACUGCGCUAUCUGCAUAACUUCCAGGGGAAAGAGAUCUCCAUCAAAGAAAUCAGCCAGGAAACCGCCGUGAACCCCGUGGACAUUGUCAGCACUCUGCAGUCCCUUCAGAUGCUGAAGUACUGGAAAGGGAAGCACCUGGUCCUAAAGAGACAGGACCUGAUCGACGAAUGGAGAUGCAAGGAGAUGAAACGUGGCAGCAGCAAGACCAUUGACCCCACAGCACUGAAGUGGAGUCCACCGAAAGGGACGUAGUGGACGUCAGCACCUCCUUCACCAUGCCACAGAACCGAGUUCACUGGCUCUUUGGUCACCGUUAGAAUAGUUUGCCGCAGAAGAAACUAUAUGUCACUCUCUCGCUCUCUCUCUCUCUCUCUCUCUCUCUCUCUGCCACACACACAGCAUGCUUUCAAGGCUACAGCAGUGUUUUUAACACUCAGGCUCCCCUGCACUCUGCGCUUUCAAGUUUGUCCUGCUCUCAGCGACGCCUUCGUGACGUUUUAAGGUGGUGGCGUUGAAGCACUGACAGCAGGAAGGCGUGCGCGGUGGGGGUGCUGGCUUAGACACAGCAGUAUCGCUGACGCUUUUGCGCUAGUAAGGCUCACUUUGUUCUGUCACUAACAGCCAGUGAAACACUGUUGAUGUGAAUCAUGGAACUACAGCUGCCACUGAAUCGGAGACGCAAAAGUUCAGGUUUGCAAAGUAAAAGUCCUGCCAUGAUUUUGAAGGACUCGGCUGAUGUCAUCAACCUUCCCUGCUUGAGGUGAUUAGCAAAGCCAGACCUUUUGAACAAAAUCUUGAAGAUUUUGACCUACUUUCUGAACCUGAAUCCUCCACCUCUGCACUAAAUAUUCAAUCGUCACCUAAUGCACCAUUUUAUUACAACAUUUCGAUAUAUUAUUUGCUUAUUUCUUGUGUGUGCGUGUGUGUUGGUGGGGGGAGGAUUUUAAAACACUGAUUCUUUCUUGUAGCUGCCUACCUCUGUUACUUUUGUUUUAAAAGGUUGUGUUUAGGUUUUGGUUUUGGUCAGAUUGAGGUUCUGAUCCACAGAGUGACUAGAUGUGCCCAACAGUUCCUUUAGAGUAUUGGCUACAUGCAGCGUUUUAACACUGACACAAUGUGUAGCAAAUACUUUUGUAUUGUAUCUGUUUUACAGUAGGGAUGAAGUCAACAUCACAGACCUAUAUGGAGGCUUUAUAUUUUACUCACGCUUUAAUUCAAAAUAACUUGUUGCACAAUGUCAGAGUAUUGUAACAGCAUUCUAAACGUAACCAAUCAUCAUCUGACAAAUACAUUAGUUUAUAAUUAACGUCUUUUAACUUUAUCACGGGCGCAAAUAUUUCGGCUUUUAAUGGCAGAAAAUUUAAUUCAAGUGGCAGCUCUAGUCAUAGUAUGCCUUGGCUAGUAAACCGUUUAUGUGUUGAGUGGUUUGUGAAAAGGCAUAGAGUAGAAACCUUCAGUCCUGCAGAGCUCUAAUAAUGCACUACACUAAACACUGUAUGCACAGUAGUGGAGACCUGCCUGCCUCAUUAUGAUGUCACUAUGAUGUCACUGUAUUGUUGUGCAGUAUUUCCUCCAGCUUCCUUCCAAAUAAACAGAAUAAAUCAACA